GUUAUUUCAAUUAAAGUUUCUUCAAUUGAUUUAAUCCUGUUAGAUUAAAAGGUGAUAUAUCACGGUAAGUGAUAAAGUUUCAAAAUAAUUUCCUCUUUUUGGGUUGUUGAUUUUCAGAUUGAAGUUGCAAAAUAAUUAUAUUUCAAUCGAAAUGCCAUCAACGAAUGGAUAUGAGUUAAUUGGCGGCUCGAGUUCGAAUGAUAUUCAGCAGAAGAUCCAAGUUGCCAAACAGGAAGCUAGAAUGUUAUUUAACGAAGUCGAUAAAGUACGCAGAUCUAUCCAAGAUACUACAUUAUAUGAGAUGUCCAAACAAAUUAGUCAUAUACCAAAUACUAAUGACAUCAAGUUAUAUAAUACCUUGAAUGGACAUAAAGAUAAAAUAACCCAAAUAAAGUGGUCUCUGGAUUCAUCUAGAGUGUUAUCAGCAAGUCAAGAUGGUUUUAUGAUUAUUUGGGAUCCAGUUACUGGAUUGAAAAAACAAGCAAUUGUUCUUGAAAAUAGUUGGGUUUUAACUUGUGCCAUUUCACCUAAUGGUCAGCAUAUAGCUAGUGGAGGUUUGGAUAAUAUUCUUACAGUUCAUCAAAUAAAACAAGAUCCUUUUUUGGAAUAUUCAGCAACUGCCACUUUAUUCAAAUCACAUUCUGCUUACAUUUCGGAUUGUGAGUUUUUAUCGGAUAAUAAUGUAAUUUCAGCAAGUGGAGAUAUGACUUGUGGUUUAUGGGAUAUUAAUCAGGGGAAGAAAGUAAGAGAUUUCAUUGAUCACUUGGGUGAUGUCUUGACAAUCUCAGUUAAUAAAAAUUAUCAACAAUUCAAUUCAAAUCCAAAUAUUUUUAUUAGUGGAGCAUCUGAUGGUUAUGUGAAGAUAUGGGAUUUAAGAAGUAAAUUACCUGCUCAAAAUUUUUCAAUUUCAAAUAGUGAUAUAAAUUGUGUUGAUCAAUUAUGUGAUGGAAAUUCAUUUGUAACUGGAUCAGAUGAUGGGUUAAUACGAUUAUUUGACUUAAGAUCGGAUUGUGAAUUGAAUAGUUAUAGUUUACAAGCCCAAUUAAAAGCAAGAAAAUUUACUAAGAACAAUUCAUUUCAAACUCCUUCCAUUCCGCCUCCUUUAUCAUCACCUAAUAGUUUCAGUGGCUCGAAUGUAAGUUUGAAUACUAAUAGUAUCGAAUCAGUUUAUAAUACACCAGGAGUUAUAGCGAUCGAUUGCAGUAAAUCAGGAAGAUUAAUCUACUCUUGUUACUCAAAUUAUGGUUGUAUUGUAUGGGAUACUCUUAAAAAUGAAAUAGUCGGUACAAUUGGAGCUGAUGAUCAUUCAAACGUUAUUAAUCAAGUUAAAAUUAGUCCCGAUGGUAUUGGAUUAUGCACAUCAUCUUGGGAUUCUACAAUAAAAGUUUGGUCAGUUUAG